CAUGGCGAGACGGAAGAGUCGGGCCAAGGCGUCAUUAGCCACCUGCGCUGUCCACCAGACACCCCUGGAACGGCGCCUCUGCAACGCCAUCUGCCUGUGUCAGCUGGUCUCCAUCCUCUCUGGCGUGGCACUCAUCUACCUGUGCUUCAUCGUCAUCAAACCGAGCCAGGAGACGCUGGCGGCCGAGUUCGAGAGCACGCCAGCCGUGUGCACCACCCUGGAGAGCGGUAUGAACGAGCCCUGCCCGCGCCCCUCCUGCGCAGAGUGGUGUCUCUCCAAUGGUGGCUCCAGCUGCAGCGUGGUCAACGCGUCCGUGCGCCGGCCCGGCGCCACUGUCGCGCUGCGCGGCUGCCAACUGAGCGCCGCCUUCUGCUCCGAGCAGCCGGAGGAGGCACAGCAGGCGUUCAUCUGCUCGGAGGGCGAGCAGCACGGCCAGUGCAGCCACCUGGAGCGCUUCUUCAACUGCUCGCCCAUCGUCGUCACACGCCGUGUCGGCUUCGGCGUGCGCGCGAAGAACACCUCGGUCUGCCGCAACAUCACGGCACGGUACGAGUGCCGCGGCGAAGGGCCGAGCGUCGCGCUGCCGCUGAAGCACCUGCCGCGCUGCGACAUCUACUUCUGCAACAGUCUCGACGGCGUGUACGAGUGCCGCCAUGGCGUGUGCCGACAGCUGGCGCGGCCGCGCUGCCGCGAGCGCUGCUCCGACCUGCGCCCGCUGGCGCUCUUCUGCACGCGCCUGCGCAGCGUCGCGGACGGCGAGCUGCUUGGCGAGGACUGCCUGAACGGCACGCUCGUGCAGGCCGCCGAGUUCGCCCGGCUGCGUUCCUACCGGGACGUGCGCGAGACGCUGCGACGACACGCUUCGCCCGUCGACCGGGUGCCCACCGCGAGUGACGUGAACGUCUUCAACCGCUCGCAGGUGAUGAUCAACAUCCAGGGCUGUGUGAACACACUGCGCCAGGAGUGUGACCGCUGGCUGGAGGUGCGGGGCCCCGACGGCCGCGACGGCCGCCACCCCGCCGUAUACCCGUGCCACGUGACGCCACAUGCCGACGACUACGUCGUCACCGAUUACGACAAGCGGCAGACGGUGCACCAGAUGGUGCUGGCCGCCACGCUACCCUCCUGCCUGCUCGUCUUCUCCUGCCUCUGCCUCAUCCUUUGCGGCAAGAUGGUGGCCGUCAACGAGUUCGGCGUGUUCUUCUGCAGGCACUGCCACAGGGAGGACGGCACAGGUAGGCGGGGUUGA